GGAUAAAUGAUGGAGGGGUAAAUGAGGGUGGAGAGUACGUAUGUACCUUGUUGGAAUUCGAAAGCCUGUAAUAAGCCAGUAGUUUUUGUCCCAAGGAAAUAUAUCGUUUAUAUUCGAGCUGAAUCUUAGCGUAUUUCGUUGGAUUCCUCAUAUAGCGUCGGAAACCUGUUUGCCAGCGAGAAACUAUUUCCGUUGCUUCAAUGUUUUGAUAGCUUGCACGAAUUUAGCUGGCUAACUAGCAUUUGCUAGCUCUUGUCGAAUGGCUACUAGUAGGGCUUGCAUUGCUGAUGUGAUCAUUUGCUAGCUUGCCAGUCUAGCCAAAAUGGGAAUGGAAGGAACCGGACAGCUCGCUGUCUAACUACCUAUCCAGUGACUAGCCGUCGCAUCAACAACUGCACGCUUUUUAAACGAAAGUUUAAUGUGAUUUUAAUGGUGUUCUGGGUUAUAACGCAAUAGAAGACGGGAUUAAACUGCAGUCGUUUUCCCUGACUUUCUCAACCAUGCACGCUGUCAUUCUGACAGCCACCGCGGCAAAAAUUCCAUGAACCUUCUUCUGGUUUUGUCGGGAUGUUUUUAAAGGCAUGCCAAACCGUGUGGAACUGCUACGAACUGCCUUUUGUAAUCUAUUGGUGAAAUGUUAAUAGUGUUUGUAAGCAGUCUGAAUCCGUGUGGAUAUAUUUGAAUAUCAACGUUAAGUGGGGACUCAGCCAAAGAAAGCAUAAAUCCAGGACGGGAUAGGUAGCUUUACAUAAAAAAAACUAUCCGCUCCUAAAGAAACAUGGCCUCGGUUUGGAAAAGAUUACAACGUGUGGGGAAGCAUGCGUCCAAAUUCCAAUUCGUGGCUUCCUAUCAAGAACUCAUGGUGGAAUGCACAAAGAAAUGGCAACCAGACAAGCUAGUGGUGGUAUGGACGCGGAGGAGUCGGAGGAAAUCUUCCAAGUCUCACAGUUGGCAGCCAGGUAUCAAGAACCCUUACAGAGGAGUAGUGGUGUGGCCCGUACCAGAGAACAUAGAAAUCACCGUCACGCUGUUUAAGGACCCUCAUGCAGAAGAGUUUGAAGACAAGGAAUGGACAUUUGUCAUAGAGAAUGAGUCUCCGUCGGGCCGGCGGAAAGCCCUGGCGACCAGCAGCAUCAACAUGAAGCAGUACGCCAGCCCCAUGCCCACGCAGACGGACGUCAAGCUCAAGUUCAAGCCCCUGUCCAAGAAGGUGGUGUCGGCCACGCUGCAGUUCUCCCUGUCCUGCAUCUUCCUCCGCGAGGGCAAGGCCACUGAUGAGGACAUGCAGAGCUUGGCCAGCCUGAUGAGCAUGAAGCAAGCCGACAUUGGCAACCUGGACGACUUUGAAGAGGAGAACGACGAGGACGAGGAGAACCGGGUCAACCAGGAGGAGAAGGCCGCCAAGAUCACAGAGAUUGUAAACCAGUUGAAUGCCCUCAGCUGCUUUCAUGGGGAGUUCGAUGACGGCCCAAAGCGAGCACAUAAAGCGCCCGCUAAAUCUGCCGCUUCCUCCGAAGAGCUAAUUAGCAAGUUGAACUUCCUGGAGGACGAGGAUCAGGACACGCCCUCUGCCAUGAGCACCAAUCCCUUCGAGGAACCAGAGGAUGACCCUCACGAGCCCAACCAUCUCAACCCUUUUGGGGACCCCGAUGAGGAAGACCCCCCCAGCCAGCCCACUCCUAAACCGAGAGAGGAGGACAAAUCUUACUACGACGAAGACCUAUCCAACCCUUUCAAUGACCCAGACGAGCCUGACACGUGCACCCCACCACUCACACAAUCGGGGAACCCCUUUGAGGAGCCAGACCAGGACCCCCAGCCCGAGCCGGAGCCCCCCAAACCCAGACAGAGGAAGGGGGUACGGCCGGUGGACAUGAGCAAGUACCUCUACGCCGACAUGUCGCGGAGCGAGGAGGACGAGCUGGACGAGUCCAACCCGUUCUACGAACCGAGGACCUCCAGCCCAGUCCUGCCUUCUGUCGGUGGUCCCUCCCCUUCCCAGGAGGCAGGGGGGAACCAGAAGAGACGAGCCCCCCUGCCACCCAGCCCCAGCCCUGGGGCCCCAGCCCCCAAACCCAGGACGGGGGCAGCAGACAGGCAGAGAGCCCAGCCUGGAGGGCCCAUCCCGGUGGCAGCCCUGGUAGGGAGGGAGCUGGCCUCCUCCUCCCCCAAGCCCAGCCCCAUCCCCAGCCCGGUGCUUGGCGGGAAGCCCAACGCCAGCCAAUCGCUGCUCGCCUGGUGUCGCGAGGUCACCAAGAACUACCGCGGGAAGAUCACCAACUUCACCACCUCCUGGAGGAACGGGCUGGCCUUCUGCGCCUUGCUGCACCACUUCAGACCCGACUACAUAGACUACAAGGCUCUCAAUCCUCAGGAUAUUAAAGAAAACAACAAAAAGGCGUACGAUGGCUUUGCCAGCCUGGGCAUCUCCCGCCUGCUGGAGCCGUCCGACAUGGUCCUGCUGGCCAUCCCUGACAAGUUGACGGUCAUGACCUACCUGUACCAGAUCCGGGCGCACUUCAGCGGCGAGGAGCUCAACGUGGUGCAGAUCGAGGCCAACAGCAGCCGCAGCACCUACAAGGUGGGCGACUUUGAGACGGACACCAACGCCUCCAUCGGCCAGGACAAGUUCUACGCCGAGCUCAACGACGUGCAGCAGCGCGAGGCCGCCCCGUCCGAGGACGUCGGCGCCGGAGGCGGCAGCGCCACCAACGGCGCUGCGGCCGAGGACGAGGUGGACGCGGCGACGCCGGAGGGGAAGGAGGAAACGCCGGCCGCUCUCCCGCUUCUCCGGCUCUCCGCCUCGCCUCCCCCGCUCCUGACGCCCCGCGCCGCUUUCACCGCCUCGCCGCCGCCGGACUACUCCCACCCGAGGGCCGCCCCCAGGCUCGCGGCCGCGCCUCUCGGCCCGCCGGGCUCCGCCCCCGACGGGAGGAGGCCGGUGGCGAAGGCGGAGACCCUGGACCUGGGCGAGCUGCCGCUGCGCGCCGAGAGAGGGGCGGAGCGAGGCGGGCCGCGGGCGGGAUGGGAGGAGGACAGGGGGCCGCCUGGGGACGGAGAGGGCGGGGCGCCCGACUCGGGGUCCCCCUCCCGGCGAGGGGGGUCCUCGCCCCCCCACAAGCUGGGCUUCUCCUACAACCAGGACGCAGACCUCAUCAAGAAGAAGAGGGCCAGCCUGCGCCACGCCGAGUCCGAGCCCGCCUCCGACGGCAGCUCGCCGCCCCUAAACCACGCGGACACGCCCACCACACAGGAGCCUACCCCUGUCCCUGUAUCAAGCCCACCUGCAGAAAAGAAGGUGCAGUCUCGUCAGGAGGAGCUGAAGGAAAGGGCCAGGCUUCUCCUGGAGCAGGCCCGGCGAGACGCCGCUAUGAAGGCCGGCAGCAAGCACACGGGCAACUCGGCUCUGCCAGCACCAGCCAGAGCCCCCAGUGCCACCGACGAGCGGGAUGCUGAACGACGGAGACAGCUUCGAGAGAGGGCCAGACAGCUCAUCGCUGAGGCGCGCUCUGGAGUCAAGAUGGCCGACAUGACGCUCUACGACACGACAGACAGAGGCCGAGGCAAGACCACGGUGGUCAGAGGUGGGUACACACACACACACACACACACACAGACAAACAGCCUCUUGGCCUUGUGUUACUGCGUGCCAGUGGCCUUGCUGCGUGUCAAAUCAGGUGCGUCCAGGCCUUCAUACGUGUGCGUGUGUGUUCCACAGAGUAACGCCGAGGAGCUGCGAGCGGAGAGGUUACGCAAGGCCUCGGAGCGUCUGCGCAGUCCUGUGGUGUUCAACAAGGACUCCGCCGUCAGGAAGACCCAGCUCAAGUCCUUCAGUCAGUAUGUAGAGACCAGACCAGAGGUGAAGAGGCAGAGGUCGGUGCCCGAGGAUCUGAGGAGAGCAGCAGAGGACAGAGGCGGCCUGAUGGAUGUGGACGUGCGCCGGCCAACGGAAGAUGAAAAGGCGUUCAAAGACACCAGUCAGUAUGUGGUCGGGGAGCUGGCUGCUCUGGAGAGCGAGCAGAGGCACAUAGACGCGCGCGCGGCUCGCGUGGAGAAGAGGCUGCGCUAUCUCAUGGACACAGGGAACAACAAGGAGGAGGAGGAGGCCAUGAUGCAGGAGUGGUUCAUGCUGGUCAACAAGAAGAAUGCUCUCAUCAGACGACAGAACCAACUGUCUCUGCUGGAGAAGGAGCACGAUCUGGAGAGGCGCUUCGAGCUGCUGAACCGCGAGCUGCGGGCCAUGCUGGCCAUAGAGGACUGGCAGAAGACGGAGGCCCAGAAGCGUCGGGAGCAGCUGCUGCUGGAUGAGCUGGUCAUACUGGUGAACAAACGAGACGCUCUGGUCAGAGACCUGGACGCCCAGGAGAAACAGGCAGAGGAGGAGGACGAACACCUGGAGAGGACUCUGGAGCAGAACAAGGGCAAGAUGGCCAAGAAAGAGGAGAAGUGUGUCCUGCAGUGAUUGGCAUUUCAACAAACAAUGUGGUUGAUAUUAGAAUUGUAUUAUUAUUUUCAUAAUUAUAGUUAUGAUUAACAUUAUUGUGAUUAUCACCACAGUAACUAUUUCAGAAACUUUAUUUUGAACCCUGAAAAUCCAGAUGUUAUUUUUGGUUUAGGGGUGUGAGAGAUUUACUGCUAAAUGUGGGCCUUGCACCAACAUUAUACUGACCUGAAAAUGUGCUCCACUUGCAGCAUAUGUUCUGUUUAAGUUGUUUUGUUUUGUUUUGCAAGCAAGGUACUUGUAUGUAAUAUAAAUAAUGUGAUAUACAGCCUAGUGCAAACCUGUCAGCGGAUUCCAGUAACUAUGUUCUGAUUCUGGCAAAAAAAAGAAAUUUAUGUUGCAUAAUUUUAACCAGAGAUGUUUAUAACAGAAACAGACUGAGUGUCUGCGUGUUUCAAUGUUAAGGAAAGAUUUGUUUGAAAUGGUUUGAGGUACAGCACAAGUUGUUUUAUCUGGGAUUGUUUUUUUCAUGUUGAAGAGGAUAUGGAGUGACAUUUCAACCCAACUACAAAAAGAGGAAAAACAGUUAUCAAGAUAUGUUAUCAGUCUUUUCAAGCUAUGUUCAUUACUUGACAAUGUAUCUUUUAAUUACUUCACGUAAAUGUUUUAGGCAACUUGUAAAAAAAAAAUCUUAAGAGGGGAACAUAGAGCCGUUCAAAAAUCUUAACUUUGUUUUACUUAUUAUUUGUUGCGUGAAUGCGGUUUACCAAACAUUUCAGAGCUGGCUCAGCGAAUAGGGGGCGGGAGCAAUAAGGACGGGAGGCGGGGUUGUGUAUAUUUUCAUCACUGCUCUGAGGAAUAGCUUACAAAUCCCCCUUUUCCGGGAUCCAUGCAGUUGAAACAAAUAUUAUUUAUUACUGUUUGUCAGAACUUAAGUGAAUACCAUCACAUUCAUGUGCAGUCAUUCAAGGACUUUGUUAAUAUUUAUUGUAUUCUAAAGAAGUAAAAUAUGCUUCAUGUCCGCAGCUGUUCCACAUUCAGUGCAAAUGUCUUUACCUGUGAACAUUUAUCUGUUUAUUUAUUCCACUAUCAUAACACGAGUCUUCAAUAAAGUCCCUUUGUGCUUUCAUACUCCA